CUGUAAUUUUUUGUUCAGUCCCAUGUGUUGUUAUUCAAGUGUUGUAACGCUGCCGUUAACAUUAUCCCGGUGCAGUGCAGUGCAGUGUUCGUCAACUUCGUGUGAAUUGAUUGGAAGUUUAAUUCAAUCUUGAAUUCCAUUGAUUGGUGACAGCAGGUGUAUCGUGUGCGCCAGUACAUCAUGUAAAGUUUCUACCUUUAAUGGCCAUGGUCAGAUAAUUUUGUGUGCAGAUAUACAGAUCUAGAUUCUAAUUUACUUUUGUUGAUCUUCUUCAGUUGUCUUGCCGCAUACUGACACACCUUCUGACACACCUUCUGACACACCUUCAAUUUCAUUACUUCUUAGUUUGAUGUGGAUAUUUUUUAUGGUUUGAAAAUUUGAACUCAUGCAUUGUAAGAGUGAUUUUAAUCACUAUCUUGUCAUAUUACUGCUGUGACUCCAGAUCUUUAGAAAUUGACUACAUGAAGUGCAAGGCCUAAGAAAUUGGAGCAGGACUAACAGAACUUGGUUAACGUCUAACAUUUAUGAGCGUUUGCACCCGACAUUCAUGAAACCAUGCUCACCCGGAAAUGGACGCGGGUUAUCCUGACGGUGGUACUGGUUGUGGUCCUGGUGAAAGUCUGCACUAAGAUGAGAGCAAAGAAGGAAGAAAGAGAUUUUUUGGAGUUGGACUUACAUUUAUCAGCACUCGUCAGAGGAAGAAGUGGUGCCAAAAAGAGAAUUCCUCCAGAUUCAAAUCACACCAGAGAAGAUAAUAUCAAAGGUUCCCUCUCUGACGGCAAACACCUGAACGGCAGUAACUUGAUUCAAGAUUCAUGGAGGUCCAGAAAGUUUGUUAACCCCGAUGACCCCAAGGUCAUUGACCCUGAGGUGGAGGCGACCCUGUGGAUGGAGAUUACCAACCACUCUGCUCCACAGAUUGAGGAGAUGAGGGCGCUAGCCUACAAGAGCUGGACGGCAAAUAGAGACGGAGUCUUAAAAUUUAGGCAACAGCUAGAGGAAUAUAAAGCAAGCGUUAUGAACACCAUCUUGACUCAGAACAACACUAAACCUGGACAGCAAGUGAGGUAUUCCCUCAAUCGAGAUGCCUUGGCCAAUAUCACAUCCGAAAUCUUCAACUUUCUCCCAAAGGAAUCUCCGUUUUCAAAGGUCAGGUUCCCAAAGUGCUCAGUGGUUGGCGGUAGUGGGAUAUUAGUGAACAGUAAAUGCGGUGAAGGUAUAGAUGGUGCAGACUUUAUAUUCAGAUGUAAUUUACCAGAUCUAAAAGGAUUUGAGAUGGACGUUGGCAGGAAAUCAAACCUAACUACACUAAACACAAUCUCAAUCAUUGCUAAAAGGUACAAUUUUAUGCAGACAAUGAGUGACAGUAAGAAGUUCAUCCGAAAUUUGCAAGGUUUCCAUGGUUACCUGUGGAUGCCCUUACUUGGACUCAAAUCAGGACUCUCGUACAGUAUGAGGGUAGCGAGACUCCUCCACCAAUCCAAAGACAUUCCAAACCUGAAGCUGAUUAUCGGCAAUCCAGAGCAUUUUGCCGCAGUCCAAGAUUUCUGGAGGACAAAGUUUCUCAGUACCAGAAUCAGUACAGGUCUGUACGUGGUCACUCUGGCUCUCUCCCUCUGUGACGAGACGAACCUGUACGGCUUCUGGCCUUUCUCCAGGGAUUUGAACCUGCGUCCUUUAAAAUACCACUACUACGACGACCUUGAUGGGCCUCUCUCUGUACACAGCUUGACGGAGGAGUUCAGCACCAUGCUUAUGAUGCACAAAGAUGGUCUGUUAAGAAUGCACCUAGACCAGUGCACUUGAAGCAAUUAAGACGUUGCUUCAGUCGUGCCCGGGGUGUUCACUCACUAUCAAACUGUUGUGUGCCUUGCAGAAGGG